UUUUUUUAAAAACAAAAAAAAACUUUAAAUUGUUUAAACCAGUGUUUAAAAUUAUAAAACUGGAGAUCCGAGCUUUUUAAAAUUACACAGUUUAUUCGAGUCUCAAUACAUUCGGAUUUUUAUUUGUUUACCAAUAUUAAGACCUUUUUUUGCCACACCACAUACAUAAAAAUAGACAAGCCGUCCUGGAAACGCACGCCAUACGCGUCGAAGGCGACAAGGGCAGUUCCGACGUGAACCCGCGCCUCAAGCCAAUCCAGCCGGUCGUAGCUGGCCUAACAAAUUGCGCCAAGAAUCAGCUGAUGCCCAAAGGCUGUGAGCCAUAUUUCAAAGGGAAAUUAUAAACGAAACAUCAAGAUUUGGCGUCUCCGCGAAUAGAUGGUGGUCCGAACUACAGUUCUGACAGUGGUUAGGUGACACCGUAGGCAGAUGGCCAUGUAGAUAAACACACAUUCAGAAAUUUACGGAUUACGGCAGGACGUUCGAAUUGACAAAGAAAAACAAGACAAAAACACAUCCAUUUAAAACAUAAAUUAAACAAAAACCAAAAACAUGGAUCGAGAUUGGUGCAAGAUGCAGAGCGAUAGUAAUGGCUACGGUGACUACAGCUACAUACCGAUCGAGGAAGAGCCACGUACCACACUACAUGUCUGCCCGACCUGCAAAGGAUCAGGAUUUUUUGAUGGUGUGCUACCACCCAUCGAGUUCAAAGAGGCGCCGAAGAGUGCAAAACCGAGCCAGUUUGCACCGGAUUGCGAGCUUCCAGUUGCCCUGCCGAAGAUAAAAUGCCCGUUAAGCCUACGCCCCAAGCCUAAUCAGCUCACCAGGUCGUCCUCUUCAACUGUAGAGACGCUCCCACUCCUGCCGACAAAAAAGAACCGUGUGCCUCAGUUCGGCGCCACUCUUAAAACCAGAUCCAAUCCGACGACACAAGAGGAGAAGCUGUACUGUGCUACCUGGCUAAAUCUUUUCCCUAAGCUCAAUAAUCUUUCCAAUUCCAGACCUUCGAUAAGGAACAGCAAGAGCAGGAUGAGCAGCAACUCUUCCGAAGGCGGAGGCGACAUUGACCUGAUCGAGCCGAGGGAAAUCGACAACAAGCCCGACUUCAUACGGAGGACAAAGGUCAAGCUGAAAAGCUCAAAUCUAUUGGAGAUCAGUGAAGGCGUCAUCGACGUGGUCCACCUGGCGAAGGUUGAUGAGACCGCCGCGUAUACGUUUAUGCCGCAGGUAAACCGCCACCUCUGCGAGAUGCUGCGUAGCCUCAAGGUCAAGAUAGUGCGCCAGGCGUGCCAGGCGAUAGCACAGCUCUUCGGCCGAGUAAGCCACGUCUCAAGACCGGAGUUUGACGACAUCGUCGUUCUACUUCUGAUAAGGACGGCCGACUCGAAGAAGUUCGUAAGGAAGGAUGCGACUUCGGCGCUUGACGUAAUUGUCGCAUCAACACCACCACAAGUUGUAGUGCGGGCCAUACACGCCAAAGGGCCCAGGUCAAAGAACCCUCACGUGAGGCUUACGACAGCGAAAAUAAUGUGCACGCUCGUCAGGCUCGUAGGGUACGAAACACUCCUGAGUCAUCCGGCACUUCAUGAGAUGCGCAAGCGCGUCCUCGAGACAGGUUGCAUCCUCCUCGACGACCAGAAUGGCGACGUAAGGUAUAAAAUCUUGCCGACAAACUUAAAAAAUGCCGAUAUUUAUACAUUUUUUCAUUUUUAUUUAAGGUCAGUUGGGCGCGACCUCAUGUCGAAUUUUGUAACGCUGGGCGACUUCGAGGAAGCGCUGCUCUCCGACGUACCGCAGCAGCUGAUAAAACGGGUCGAGAAGAGCAUCAUAUGCCUCCGUGUCGAACUCCUCAAGUCCGUAGACAUACUCAAAACCAGCGACAUCCCGCUCCAGUGAAAUGUGAAGGCACUUUACGGCGAUACCCUAGGACCUUCAAAAAAUAAAAUUAUUCAACGAUUCAA